AUGCCUCGGGGAGUGAGAACGCCACGUACUCGUCGCCGGCCGCACGAUGCGUGGGACGACGAGGCCUGGGCGUCGCACUCUGACGACGAGGAGUUCGUUGCGCGCGUGAGCACAGAGCCUGUGCGCACGUCCUCCCUGGACGUGACGUCCACGGGGGCGGCACACGCGCAGCCAGCCGGGCUCCCCACGACAGAUACAUGGACGCUGAUUACAAGUGAGGAUACGCCGCCAUCUCCGAUGUCCACCGUGCCUCCAUCCAUGCAGAUACCCCCUUCGAGCGAGACGCCCUUGGACGUCUCGUCUCGCGGCAGUCUACGUGAGCUGCCCCCUGGCGUGGAUGAGUCUGUGGGCCUUGUAUCGAGCUGGGCCGAGCGCCACAUGACCAUGGCAAGCACAGACACGGACAUCCACAGCAUGGGCUACCUGGAAGCCUUGGUCGAAGACCCGAUGCACCGCCUUGCGUCGUGGGACGUGCACAGUCCUACGCUGGAGCCUGUUGACACAACGUCGCCCAGCCUCGAAGAACAGGAGCCGGCAACAGCGACGGAAGACGUCGCACAAGCUUCGAUGAGUGCAUGGGCAAGCGCCGCCGCGUUUGAUCCCAUUGCGACGAUGAAUGAUGGCGUGUUCAUGGCGCCGCUCGAGCCGCCCACCCCGCCACGCCAAGCGUCAGCGCAGCCGCCCAUGUCGCCACGCACCGAGCGCCAGCCGUCCACGUCCUCGCUGCCAGCCGCGCCGCUGAAGCGCCAGAAAUCCGCACGAACCGUACGCAAUCGCCAGCGCAUGCUGGCAUGUCUUCAGCAGGACGAUAUUGACGUGCCGACGCUGCGCAGCCUUGCAUGGAAAGGCGUGCCAGCCGCGCUACGGCCUAUUGUGUGGCCCCUCUUGCUAGGCUACAUGCCCGGCACAGGAUCGAUACGCACCUCGACCCUAGCCCGCAAGCGCGCCGAGUACGCUACCGGGGUCGAGCGCGCAUUUGCACGCGGCCCAGAGUCGCUAGAUCGUGCAGCAUGGCACCAAAUCCGCAUCGAUGUCCCACGCACGAACCCAGGCUUGCGGCUGUGGCAGCAGCCUGAGACGCAGCGUGCGUUGGAGCGUAUACUGUACUUGUGGGCCAUUCGGCAUCCUGCGAGCGGCUAUGUGCAGGGCAUCAACGAUCUUGCGACGCCGUUCUUCGAGGUGUUCCUGAGUGCCUACAUCGACUCGGACCCGGAAUCGUUUGAGCUCGCCACCCUCCCGCCGUUUGCACGGGCCGCGUUGGAAGCAGAUACCUUCUGGUGCUUAUCUAAACUCCUGGAUGGCAUCCAGGACAACUACAUCUUUGCGCAGCCGGGUAUUGUGCGGCAGCUCGGCGUCAUGAGCGACGUCGUAGCCCGUAUGGAUGCGCCGCUGCAUGCGCAUCUGGCCGCGCAGGGAGUCGAGUACAUGCAGUUCUCGUUCCGCUGGAUGAAUUGCCUGCUCAUGCGCGAGAUGAGCGUCAAAAGCAUCAUACGCAUGUGGGACACGUACUUGGCCGAAGGCCCUGACGCGUUCUCCGACUUUCAUCCCUUCGUCUGCGCCGUGUUCUUGCAUCGAUGGCGCAAAGAGCUGCUGACCAUGGACUUCCAGUCGAUCAUUAUCUUCCUGCAGAGCCUCCCGACGAAGAACUGGUCCGACAAAGACGCCGAAAUGCUCUUGAGCGAGGCGUUCAUGUACAAGGCCCUCUUUGGGAAUAGCAAGCAUUUAGGCAAGUAG